AUGGAAGGUCGUGCCAUGGGAGGCCGUGCCAUGGGAGGUCGUGCCAUGGGAGGUCGUGCCAUGGGAGGCCGUGCCAUGGGAGGCCGUGCCAUGGGAGGCCGUGCCAUGGGAGGCCGUGCCAUGGGAGGUCGUGCCAUGGGAGGCCGUGCCAUGGGAGGUUGUGCCAUGGGAGGUCGUGCCAUGGGAGGCCGUGCCAUGGGAGGUCGUGCCAUGGGAGGCCGUGCCAUGGGAGGUCGUGCCAUGGGAGGUCGUGCCAUGGGAGGUCGUGCCAUGGGAGGUCGUGCCAUGGGAGGCCGUGCCAUGGGAGGGAGCACGCCCAGAGACCACUUGAGGGUAACGAUGCCUCGCCUCACUGGUUAG